GAGGCGGGCAGAUGAAGAUCAUCCCCACGAAGAUCAGGAAACUAUGGAGUGCGGAAGAAAUCCGCAUCCUGGUCCUCCUCAGCCUCGGCUUGCAGAUCGUCCUCAUCUUCGUCUCCCUCUUCCGGAAGCGGUGCCAGAACAGGCUGUUGAGCUUCAUCCUCUGGACUUCCUACCUGGGCGCCGACUACGUCGCCGCCUUGGCGCUCGGCAACCUCCUCAACGACGAGACCGAGGCGAGCGAACAGAACAUCAACGGCGACCUCACCGCCUUCUGGGCUCCCUUCCUCCUCCUCCACCUCGGCGGCCCCGACACUAUCACCUCCUACUCCCGGGAGGACAACGAGCUCUGGCUGCGCCACCUGCUCGGGAUGAUUCUCGAGGUCUCAGUAGCCAUCCUGGUUUUCCUUGAGUCGCUGCCGAGCCCUCACCUGUGGAAAGUCGCCAUCGUGGUGUUCACCGCUGGAAUCCUCAAGUACGCAGAGCGGACGCUGGCGCUUCGGUCGGCCAGUAUGGACCGGCUGAGGAGAUCCAAGAUCAGCAACGCGCCUAACUACGCCAAGUUAAUGCAGGAGUAUCACUGUCGUGUUUCUUGUGGGCUGAACGCAGAUAUCUCGAUGGAUAAAGUACCACUGCCCCCGCUUCCCAAAGAAGCACUCCGUAUAUCCGAAGAGGACAUCAUAAUCGGGGCAUAUCGCUUCUUCCAGACCGUCAAGCGCCUCGCCAUGGACCUCUGGCUGGGAUUCCAGGAUCUGAUAGAUAGCCAAACCUUUUUUCUGCAGCUUGAUGCCAUCAAGGCUUUCCAGGUGGUGGAGGUGGAGCUCUCUUUACUGCACGACAUCCUCCACACCAAAGCCGUCCAUGUCCAUACCCUAAAAGGUCGCCUGGUGCCAGCCUUGUCGCUCUCCUUGGUAGUCCUCGCCUUCGUGCUCUUCCACCGAAGCGGGAGGCACAAUUUUAGCGAAGCCGACGUCAUCAUAACUUACACCCUUCUCGUUGCCGCUCUUGCGCUCGAGGCCAUUGCCGCUGUCCUGCUCGUAUUCUCGGACUGGACCGUCGUCGCGCUGCAGGAAAGCCGGAAGCUGGAGAGGUCCAUCAACGACCGCCUGAAAGAACUCAUCAGGCUUUUUAAAUUGAAUCGUUUAAUCGUCAAAAUUCUAGGUGUCACGAGGUGGUCGAAUUCCAUGAGGCAGUGCAACCUACUCUGCAUCUGCCUCAGAGAUUACAAGCAAACUACGUUCACAAGAAUAUUGCAUUUUCUCGGAUUGAAAGAACUGUGGGAUAGCUAUUGGGACGUGAAAGUUACCGACGUAGGGAAAGAUCAGAAGCGGCUCAUCUUCGAUGAACUGAAGAAAAAAACCUACAGCGCCGAGGGAUACUCCACCAAUUACAAGCGAUUGCGAUCCUGCAAAGGCGAAUGGGUUCUUCAGGAAAAGGGCCACAUGGAACUCGCCUGGAGCGUGAAGAAGGAAUUCGACGAGAGUGCCCUGUUGUGGCACAUCGCCACGUCUAUUUGCUACCAGAAGGAGAAGAACGGUGCCAAGGCCGAUAAGUUAACCACUGAUCUUCGUACGAAUGUGAAGAUGGAUGAUACAGUGGAAGGUAACAAAGAUUUGGAAGUGAAUCAAUCUUCUUCCGACAAAGGCAAGGAAACGAAUUGUUGUCAUCGUAAGAUGAGUAAAGAAAUAUCCGAUUACUUGAUGUAUCUUGUGGUUUUUCAACCAUCCCUGCUGCCUGCCGGGAUUGGGAAGAUCAGGUUCCAAGACACCUGUGCCGAGGCCAAAAGGUUUUUCACAGACAAUGCCAGAGAAAUUGAAUCGGAGGACCAGUACAAAGAAGCUUCAUUACUCAAGGUGAUCAAAGAACUUGUCAAGCCAAAAAGGGAGGAUCUGCCUCCGAUGGAAAAAGCAGCUUGCCGGAAGCUGCUGGAAGUGCUGGAUCCUUUACUCGACCCCGUACAGGUGAAAGGGACCAGGAGCACGUCGGUGCUGUUCGAUGCAUGCAAGCUCGUAGAUGACCUAAACAAGUCGAAGAUGAGCAGGCCGUGGAUCGUCAUCAGUGCCGUGUGGGUGGAGAUGUUGUGCCAUGCGGCCAGCAGCUGCAACUCUUAUGCUCACGCCAAGCAGCUGAGCCAGGGAGGAGAGCUCCUCACCCAUGUCUGGUUACUCAUGGCUCACAUGGGAAUUGCUGAACAAUACAGGAUCGAAGGAGGCGAUGCCAGAGCAAAAUUUGUAGUCGAGAUCUAAUCACAAGAACCAGAAAUUUAGAAUCGCUCCAAUUAAAUCCCGCGUAAUCCAAGAAUUUAGACCGCUCUCUCGUCCUUCCCUUCUCUUCUGAUUUCAUCGCAUAAAAAACGGUGUCAUGUACCCAUGAAAAAUUGCAGAGGUGAUGUAAUCUCUCACAAACCUCUCCUGUGAUGAUCCAGUUCAACACAAUAGUACUUAAUCAUUAUGUA